AUGCCUAUCACAUUUGGCUCCGUUGGUGACAUAAUCUCGGUCAGCUGCCUCAUCAAAGACCUCGUCAAGUGUCUCGACGAGAGCCGUGGGUCACCGGCGGAAUACCAGGCUGUCAUACGCGAGCUAUGGAGCCUGGACCAUGCGUUGCUGGAAGUCGAAUUGCUGCUUCAGUCUUGCGCGCAGUCGGUGGAAUUGAGUGGCCUACGCAAGGACGCGAAAAGCUGCGCGGAGCAGUGCCGCAAAUGCAUCGAAGACUUUCAGAAUAGGAUGAAGAGAUAUCAGAGAUCCUUGCGUAGAGGAGGCACGGGAAACCUGUUCAGGGACACCACUGCGAAGUUCCGGUGGCAUGUCUCGGAAAAGGAUGACUUGGCGAAGUUCAGGGCAGAGGUCACUGCGCAUUGCCUGUCGCUAAACAUGCUCUUGGCUACAGCUGGCACUAAGCUUACGAUGUUGAACGAUGAGGGCAUGCAUAAGCGACUGAAGCAAUCUGAUCUAGCUCAUGCGAGCUCUUCAGCAACGCAAACCUCGCUCCUUGUGGAUAUAAACACCCGCUUGCAGGAAACCAAUACUCUAAUACAAGCAGCAGCGUUGGAGUCUAAGGCGCUGGGUUCAAGAAUCGACUUGGACUACUUCAGGAAUCUGGGGACUGAACUCCUGAGAAUCAAUUCGAUGACCUGCAAUGCAAUUGUAUCUCUACAAGCCUGUAUUCCAGCUCAAUUGAACCGAACUUGGACACAAGACCCCGUCAUGCUUGAAGAUGCUCUUGGUCGAGUCACGCCGUUCCAUUUGGAGUUCAUUGACUCUUGGGAGGUUUUGGAGUCCGUUCUCGAAGCACGCUUUAGACAACUUCCGGGGCAUCGUAAGAUCAAGCGGAAGGAAUACGUUCUGCGGGCAAAUUUCAGCAACAAGGAUGUCGACAGCAGCUCCAUUGCUUUCAAUCGCUGCUUUCUCCCGGGCCAGCAUUAUGACAUGAGCAUGGACUUCAAUGCCGCACGCGCACAGAAUUCCUGCCCAGCCUGUUUGCUUGAUACUGGGGAGGCGUCUGACGCACGAGUGAAGUGCAAUGGGUGUGGUCUCUGGUAUCAGCGGAUAGUAGAGACCAUCGCAGAUGUGGCUCCUGUUGUACCAAAGACCGAUUUACCAAUCAAACGGCCAUGUCUGAAGAGACGGCGAGAAGAAGAGCCCGGGAGUGAUGAUGAGCCGAGACAGUUUCGCCGGGUUCGUAUCAGAUGUCGCCAACGAGCAAAAAACCAGGAUAGCCAAGACGAAGCAGAAUUUGAGGCCCUAAGAUCUGGAGAGGAAAUGAUAAGAUGUAUUUGCGGGACGCACGAUGACUUGGGGCUGCUUGGAAACAACUUGCAUUAUGCACCUUCCGCAAGGAAAAUCAGAGCGUGGCUUAUACAGUGUGGUGAUUGCAAAGCCUGGCAACACCGAAGCUGUGUUGGGACUGCGAACGGCAACAACCCGCCGGGAGGCUUCUACUGCGAACAGUGUUCGAGGGUGGAGCCAGUUGACGGCCUCUUGAAUGAACAUGUCGAGGAGUACACCAUCAAGUGUCUAUGUGACUCUGAUGAGGAUGACGGCAAUACAGUAUACUGCGACCGCUGCAGCACCUGGCAGCACAUUGCAUGUUACUAUUCCAACAUCAGCAUGGCCGAGCUAGAAUCUCUCGAUCACUUGUGCGUCAAUUGCGAUCCACGACCACUUGAAGGGGAUCUUGGCGAAGAUCUCACCUGGCGCGAUGCAAUACUGAGAAUCGAUGAGGGUCUGAAAGAUCUCGCAGGUUGA